AUCAAUCCAACAAUCAAAUCAAAUUAAAGUUGAUAAAUUAGCUUGAAUUACAAAAGCUAAAAUCUAAUAAUAAGAAAAAUGGGAUCAUCAACAAAGAUGAAUGAAACACACUUAAAGGCUAUAGCUGAGAUGGAAAAAGAGGUAGAGGCAGGAUACCAUUGAAUUCCAGGAGCCGAAAGAUUGGUCUGGCAACUAAUAGUGGUGGUCUGGCAACUACAAAAUGUUCUAUCAUGAAUUUUGGUGAGGAUACCAUUGAAUUCCAGGAGCCGAAAGAUUGGUCUGGUAGUGUUUUGGGCGAGUACCCUCCUCAAAUUAAGGCGAGCACAUCUGCCAAGUUUACGCAUCAAGGUGAUGAUGGUUCAAUGGGGGCUGUAGUUUAUGUUGGACCUCGUAAAAAGGGUGGGUCGACUGAAUGUGCAUGGGUCUUUGCAUGGUACACACCGGGCAAUGGAAACGCAAACAAGACUUACGUGGAAGUUGGGCCCGCUGAAGAUUAUCCUAAAGAUAACAUAGAUAGAUGGGACACUAUCAAAGAAAACCUUCUGAAAGCUCCCGGCCAUACAAGUCAUGCCAUUGAUAACGUCAAAACUGGAGCUGAGGCGUCUUCCAGCAUUAAGCCUGGAUAUACUUCUGUGGCCACUUCUGUAUUCGAUGUUGUUAAAAUCAAGUAAUCUCAUCUUAUCAACAACUAAGGGCCAUUGAUGGAGCUAUUACACCUUUUCUGUAUUAUUUUUAAUUAAAACUAUAUGUAUGCACCAUACCCUUAGUCGUUACUGCCUUAAUUUGCUUUUUGUUCUUGUGUGUUGUUAUCAAUCUAAGUGUGCUGCUUGCAACUUUGUAAUCUUUUUUACUUUUUUUUAUUGAAUCCGUCUUUUUGUUUUCCUUUAUUGCCUUUUCUUAUCUUGUCUCCUCGUUAUUUUAGCGUACAAUAAAUUACACUACAACACCUUGAUUGUUGAUCUUGUUCUUAUUUUUUAUACAUAUUAUUUUUGCAAAAAUACCUGUUGAUUCCAUGAAAAACACUAGCCAAAUUAAAAUCUUCCCUAGUGCAAG